UUGUCUGUAUUCUCUGUUUUGCUUCUAGGGUUUUCACAAAGUCGUCUUCGUCUCCUUACCGUAAAGCACUCAUGGUGCUCCAAAAUGACAUCGACCUGCUCAAUCCUCCUGCUGAGAUCGAGAAAAGAAAGCACAAACUCAAACGUCUCGUGCAGUCUCCAAACUCUUUCUUCAUGGACGUGAAGUGUCCGGGAUGUUUCAACAUAACCACUAUGUUCAGCCAUUCUCAAACAGUUGUAGUGUGUGCAAAAUGUAACACAGUUCUGUGCCAGCCCACUGGUGGUAAAGCAAAGCUCACACAGGGAUGCUUGAAGAAAGAAACAUCUUAGGAGAAAUUAAAGAACAUCUAUGUUAAUCAAAAUCCAGAGCCAUUAAUUACUACGUUAUUAUUCCUUUAUUUCCUUUCCUAAAUCUUUAUUUUUU